UUUCCUUCUUUUCAUCGUUUCUGCUCACUUUUAUCUCAUUUUUUUUUCAGAUUUUUUCAAUAUUUCGGCAAAAAUGACGGACGCCGCGAUUGCUGAAAAAGAUCUCGGAAAUGCUGCCUACAAGCAAAAGGACUUUGAAAAAGCUCAUGUUCACUACGACAAAGCGAUCGAGCUUGAUCCUAGUAAUAUUACCUUCUACAACAACAAAGCCGCCGUCUAUUUCGAGGAGAAAAAAUUCGCGGAAUGUGUGCAAUUCUGCGAGAAAGCCGUCGAAGUUGGACGCGAGACCCGUGCCGAUUACAAGCUUAUCGCCAAGGCCAUGUCUCGUGCCGGAAACGCUUUCCAGAAGCAGAAUGACUUGAGUUUAGCCGUCCAAUGGUUCCACCGCUCGCUCUCCGAGUUCAGAGACCCCGAGCUUGUCAAGAAAGUCAAGGAGCUCGAGAAGCAGUUGAAGGCGGCCGAGCGUCUUGCCUAUAUCAAUCCAGAGCUUGCCCAGGAGGAGAAGAACAAGGGAAACGAGUAUUUCAAGAAGGGCGACUAUCCGACAGCGAUGAGGCACUACAACGAAGCGGUGAAGCGUGAUCCGGAGAACGCGAUUUUGUACUCAAACCGGGCCGCGUGUCUGACGAAAUUGAUGGAAUUCCAGAGAGCUCUUGAUGAUUGUGACACUUGUAUUCGGCUGGACUCGAAAUUUAUCAAGGGAUACAUCCGCAAAGCCGCUUGCCUCGUCGCAAUGCGUGAGUGGUCGAAGGCUCAGCGAGCCUACGAAGAUGCUCUCCAAGUCGACCCAUCCAACGAAGAAGCCCGUGAAGGUGUGCGUAACUGUCUGCGAAGCAACGACGAGGAUCCCGAGAAGGCCAAGGAGAGAAGUCUCGCCGAUCCAGAAGUUCAGGAGAUUCUCCGCGACCCAGGAAUGCGUAUGAUUCUCGAGCAGAUGAGCAACGACCCGGGAGCCGUGCGAGAGCACUUGAAGAAUCCGGAGAUCUUUCAGAAACUCAUGAAGCUCCGCGACGCUGGAGUCAUUCAGAUGCGCUAAUUAUUUGAUUGCUCCCGGUUUUUCACCCAUUAUUUGAUUUUUAUUUGAAUUUUUCUCCCC